CAAUCUGAUCUCUACAAAUCAGUUCACUUAUUCUCUCGCAAAGAGACACGCGCUUGUAGAAAUGGCAACCGGGACACUCCUUACCCCCGGGCUUCCAGAUAAAUGUUACCCCGAGCCUUUCAACACCCCGCCCCCGCCAGUCAAGGAGCGGAAGCCGGGUCAACUCCCCUAUGAGGACAUAGUCAAGUAUUUCAAAGAGGGCUAUAUCGUCGUCAGGGACUUCUUCACUCCAGAAGAGCUGCAGCCAUGUCGGGAUGCUGUGGAGAAGAUGGUCGACGCUCUUGCCCAGAAACUGUACCAGGCCGGGAAAAUACGAAGCCUAUAUGAAGACUAUGGCGUAUUUCAGAGACUUACAAAGCUGGAACAAGAGUUCCCUGGUUCCAACAUUCUACUCUUUAAACACCAGAAACUACCACAGGCAUUCAUGGACGUUUGGAGCAACGAGCGCAUGUUGAACUUGAUUGAACAGUUGAUUGGGCCGGACAUUGCUGGACAUCCCACUUGGAACCUCAGGACCAAAACCCCCGAAAGCAAGAUCGGCGCCAUCCCUUGGCAUCAAGACAGUGGUUACUUCAGCAACGAGUCCUAUGACCAUCUCAUCCCAACAGCGUGGAUACCCUUCCUGGAUGCAACCCCUGAAAACGGAUGCAUGCAGAUGGUGAAAUAUGGCCAUGCGGAUGGAAGGGUUGCUCGUCACACCUGUUGCCAUGCCAACACGUGGUACAUAACACUUGAAGAGGACACCAUGGUGAAGGAACUGGGUGUUGACCUCAAGAAAGAUGUAUAUGUUGAGCCAGUGCCAUACGGCGGUUUUAUCCUCUUUCACAACCUUACUCCACACAGAAGCGGUGUGAACCUGUCAAACGAUAUUAGAUGGAGUAUCGAUCUUCGGUGGCAGUCACCAUUCUAUAAUAUGGGCUUCUACAAUAUCCAAGAUGGCGUGAGGUUCCGUUCAUCAUCUGAAACGAACGUGAAGCCAGACUGGGACAAAUUUUUGUCUGUUGACAGGAAAGAAGUCUGGCAGAAGAAGUACUUCAAAGAGGUAAAAAAGACGGAAGAGUUUGACACAAGAAUCACUGGUCCAUGGAUCGGACAGUGGCAGAUCGUCAACGAAAACGCACAUACAAAGGCAUUCACAUCUAUGAGCAAAGCGUAGUCGUCCUUGAACUGAUGAUCUUGACUCAACUGUUUGUCACUUCAGCUUGACCUUCCUGACCACCAGCGCCCAAUUCCACAGAGAUCUUAACGCUACGACUGUCGUAUUUGUUUUGUUUGUUUGUUUGUUGUUUAACGCAGCACUCAGCAAUAUUCCAGGUAUAUGGCGGGGGAAUUCUACCCCGGAAUCUUCACCGGCCUACGACUGUCGUAAGUCAGUGUUAAGGAAUGGGAGUUACGAUCGUCUUAGCGCUAAGACCGCUUUGUGAAACGGGCGCUGGUCCCUCUUAGGAUGCUAAUGAUGCCUGUAAUGUCAAAACUUUUGUCACUGGGUAACCUGAAAUGUGAUUGAACAACGUGCAUGAAUUAUGAUCAGGGAAAAUUACAGAAGAAAUUAAAGUAGCUGUAGUGUUUUGAAAGUCGGAUGGUUUGCCUCUUGAUUUUUUUCAAAAUUGUUAUGAAAUACUGUCUUACAUGGGAAUGUUAUUUAUUUCUAUUAUGGAUCAGUGUGUAUAACCGAAUGAUUGGAAAGUUGGAAUAAUAGUAUCUUUAUUUAAAAAGGAAACAGGAAGGACCCAAAUAGGUGGAAAUCUUUACUCAAUGUCAUGGGAAAAGUAUUUACGUCCUUAGUUGAACUGUGAUUGCGAUAUUGGUAAGAAUUACAUGAAUUGAUAGCUGAAUCUCAAGUUGGGCCUAGAAAGGAACAUUCUACGAUAGAUAUUGUCUUUGUCUUGCAAUCACUUGCUCAGAAAUAUUUACGUAUGCCUAAAUAUAGUUAUUAUGCAGCUUAUAUUAAUUUCCGUAAAGCCUUUGAUAAGGUUCAUAAGAUAUGAGUUAUUACAUAUUCAUGGUAGAAUGUAGAAUGUUUUAGAAAAAAUGUACAGAAAUGAUUGUGCUCGUGUCCGCUUAAGGAAUUCGAAAACAGAUAUCUUUUCAACAUCAUGCGGUGUUAGACAAAGCUGUUUGCUUAGUCCUCUACUUUUCAUAUUUUUCAUUAACCAGUUUGCUACUGAUAUGAUGGUAAGUGAAACGAAUGGCAUCUUUGUAAAUGAUAUCUUUGAGAUCAUCAAAAUGCUGUUUUAGUGUCAGAUUCAGAUGUUGAUCUACAAAAGAAGCUAUCAGCAUUAGAAUAUUUUUGCAAACAGUGGAAUUGUGAGGUAAAUUUAGAACAUUCUGAAAUACGUGUAUUUAGAAAUGGCCUGCUAAAAGUGAAAAGAAAUAUAUUUUUAUGGCAAUGAAAAUAUUAAUAUAGUAUCUUCUUAGAAAUAUCUUGGUCUAAUAUUUUCUUCACAUUUAGUGUGGUGCAAAGCUUGUGAGACGUUAGCUGUACAGGCAAAGAAAACACGUUUUCCAAGAUAUAAUCUUAUCAGGAAAUAUCCAAAUCUUUUAUUAUAUGUAAUUGUUGCAAUGUUUUAUACUAAGAUAGCUCUUCUCGCAUGCUAUGACAGUGAGAUCUGGGGAUACACUGUUUGGGAAAGUGUUGAAAACAAAAGGGAUUUUUUUUCAAAAGAUUCAUUUUACUUAGUAAACGCACAUCAACCAAUGUCGUGCUUGGGGAAGUGGGGCGAUAUGCAUUGUGUGUUAAGUAUUUUUUUAUUUGUAGCAUGAUGUCAAUUCAUGGUAUACCCUUGUUUAAUGCGAUUCAAUUCAAAAUUUCAAAUUAAUGUGAAGUUAAUACAGAAUUCAUGAUUAAUGUAUAUUUUAAACUUCUAUAACACACGCUAUUGGCAAUGUGUGUAAGAUUGUACAACGGGGCUUCCAACACUGAAAUAAAACUGACUGUCUGUCUCCAAAUACACCCAACUUCAUAAGAAGAAUUGUUUAAUCCGGAAUUGUAUAUAUCCAGAUGAUUUUACUCGGAAUAGUUCCAUCCUGAAUAAAGGGGUUUGCCAUGUGCUUCCGUGUUUAUGUAGAGGAUGUCGAUCACAUUUUCACACGGAAAGACUAAUCCAUCAUUGAAAUUAUUUGUAUUAAACAAACAAACAAACAAACAAACACUCUUGCCAAGUUAUGUAUUCCUAUGUCAGGAUCUUGGGCAUUGGGUGGAUUUUCAGCUCUCUCGGUGUAUGUUUUCUACCUGUUAGCAUGAACAAGGGAUUUGUGGACUUUGGCCGAGUGUUAAUGUUGAAGUUUGAAUGUGUGAUUUGGACCUAAAGCAAUGAUUGUGAAAGGACCUGCCGAUUUGCUUGACAAUUUGGGCAAGAGACCUUUUGAGACUGUAGGGUCAGUUAACAGGACGUUGUCACCAA